UGACAAAAGAUUAUGAAUUUGACUGAUCGGUGUUCGAAUUAAAUUGGUACCUACAGAAUUAAUGUUCUGGGUCAAUUUAUUUUGUGUAAUACGCUUAUUUUAGUUACAUAUUAGUUAUAUUAUCCUCGUGAUAUCUCAAUCAACUUUGAAUCGUCUUUCGGCUGCUGUAAAAAAUGUCUUCUCUGCCGGCAGCUGAUGAAAUUGAUGAAGCGAAAGAGCGCGCCCAUUUUCAAGCUGUAGUUAAUGCUUUUAAAUACUACAAAUUAUGCUGCCUGGACAGGAUACACAAAUCAGAGAAAAUCAUCUCCAUGUUACCAAAGACGCAUCAACAUCGCCUAGAGAAAUACAAAGCUUACCUCACUAAGUUUAAAAACUGUCUAGACGUUAAUAAUAAUGUAGUGCACAUGAUAAUAAAGCAUGUGGAUACAAUGUUCGAAAAUGUAGACCAUAGUCAGGACGGAGAGACAAACGGUACAGAAUCGUUUGGUUGUAAUUAUAAUAAUUGCGAGAUUAGUUCGCAGAAACAACAUAAGAUGCAGCAUGAUGUUGAAAAGGUACAAUCAGUUAUAAAGAAUAUAGUCAGAGAUUGGAGUUCAGCUGGCGCAGUGGAACGAGAGCAGUGCUAUAAACCUAUACUGGACGAGUUAGAAGCUAGGUUUCCGGUUGAUACCUUAAAUGAUCGAUCUCACAUAAAAGUAUUAGUGCCCGGCGCGGGGCUCGGCCGGCUCGCGUGGGAGAUAGCGGCGCGUGGCUUUACGUGCCAGGGGAAUGAGUUCUCGCUGUUCAUGCUGUUCGCGAGCAAUUUUAUACUGAACAAGUGUCCUGAGGCGAACAAGCACACGGUGUACCCGUGGCUGCACCAAUACGUGAACCACAUGACGAGCGAGCACCAGGCGACCGCCGCCACGUUCCCCGACGUGCCGCCCGCCUGCCACCACUCGCACUUCUCCAUCGCCGCGGGGGACUUCCUCAAGGUGUACACAGAGACGGACGAAUGGGAUUGCGUCGCGACGUGUUUCUUCAUAGAUUGCGCGCCGAACGUGAUAGAAUUUAUCGAGAGGAUAUACGCCAUAUUGCAACCGGGGGGCAUUUGGAUCAAUUUGGGACCGCUAUUGUAUCAUUAUAGCGACAUGCCGAACGAGAUUAGCAUCGAGCCGCCAUAUGACAUUCUAGUUGAUAUAAUAAAGGACGUUGGGUUUGAUAUUGUGAAGGAACGCACAGGCGUUAAAACGAAAUACGCACAGAACCCAAAUUCUAUGCUACAGCACGAAUACAAUUCCGUUUUCUUCGUGUGCAGAAAGCCUAACCUGUAGUUAUUAAUACUCGAUAGAACAAAGUAUUAUAAUUAAGAAUAAUUUAUGUUAUGGGCUGUAUGUGUAUGUUUUAAUGUUGCUAGUUAAAAAAAUAUUUCUUAAAUGAUGUUAUAAUAGGAAAAAAGAGCGUGUGUACCGAGCACACG